AGCUUGUAUUUAAUAGUACAUUUAACCUGGAGCUUUAAACAGAUGCACCUAGCAGUGCUGGUACAUUUUUACAUUGACAACUCACAUUUUGAUGAAAAUGGACUUGACUGCUGAGGCUCACUCCAUUCCUCUGAGUGAUGGGAACAGCAUACCUUUGAUGGGACUGGGAACUUAUGGAGACCCUCGCACGACUCCUCAAGGAACUGCAUAUGAGUCAGUGAAAGUGGCUAUUGAAACAGGGUACAGACACAUUGAUGGGGCUUUGGUUUAUUUCAAUGAACAUGAGGUGGGACAAGCUAUACGGGACAAAAUUGCAGAUGGAAGUGUGAAGAGAGAGGACAUCUUCUACUGUGGAAAGCUGUGGAACACAUUCCAUCCCCCAGAACUGGUACGCCCUGCUUUGGAGAAAACCUUGAAAACACUGCAGCUGGAUUAUGUCGAUCUCUAUAUUAUAGAACUGCCCACAGCCUUUCAGCCUGGAGAUACGUAUUACCCGAGGGACGAGAAUGGGAAGUACAUUUAUCAUGAGACGGAUCUCUGUGCUACUUGGGAGGCCUUGGAGGCUUGCAAAGACGCAGGACUUGUGAAAUCUCUCGGAGUGUCAAACUUCAACAAGCGACAGCUGGAGUUAAUCCUUAACAAACCUGGGCUGAAACACAAACCUGUGUCGAACCAGGUUGAAUGCCAUCCCUAUUUCACUCAGCCAAAGUUACUUGAGUACUGCCGGCAGAAAGAUAUCGUCAUUGUGGGAUACAGCCCCUUGGGGACAUCUAGAGAUGCAUCCUGGGUAAACCUAACAUGCCCCCCACUGUUGAAAGAUGAGCUGCUGGUAUCAGUUGCUAAAAAGUACAAGAAGACCACAGCCCAGGUGGCUCUAAGGUUCAACGUGCAGAGAGGAGUGGUGGUCAUCCCAAAAAGCUUCAACCACGUUCGUAUAAAGGAGAACUUCCAGAUAUUCGACUUCUCGCUUACUGAUGCUGAGAUGAAGGCCAUUGAAGGGUUGAACAAGAACAUCCGUUUCGUGGAGCUCCUCAUGUGGUCUGAUCACCCCGAGUAUCCAUUUCAUGACGACUACUAGACCCUGCAGACACGAACAAAUGAUUUAAUUUCAACAAAUACAAGAUGGCUUGUUCAUUUUCACAUGUUGUGCCUUGUAAAAUAAUUUUAAUAGCACUUCCAUUGUAUGUUUCAUGAAAUAUUUCUGAUAUAUAAUUCACUGCAUGUUUUAUUAAUGUGUUUAUAAAAAAGGAAAUCUGAUUAUUUCAAUAAAAAUCCUUGU